CGCCUUUGUGGUGCAGCCGGGUCCCGGAAGCAGCGGUGGAGCGAUGGCGGCGGACGGGAGGGCAGCGGCGGUGGUGGAACUGCAGCCAGAGGGGGACGUGGAGGGCGGCAGCAGCGAGCCGGAGGGCGGCUUCGGACAGCUGCUGGAGGAGGAGGAGGAGGGGGAAGAUGCCGGCUACGUGUUGUACAGGGACAGGAAGGAAUGGGCCGAUAUUGAACCUGUUCCUCAAAAUGAUGGGCCAAAUCCUGUUGUUCAGAUCAUCUACAGUGAAAAAUUCCGAGAUGUCUAUGAUUACUUCCGGGCUGUUCUGCAGCGGGAUGAGAGAAGUGAAAGAGCUUUCAAGUUAACAGCAGAUGCCAUUGAGUUAAAUGCUGCAAACUACACAGUAUGGCAUUUCCGGAGAGUCCUCCUGCAGUCUUUGGGAAAGGAUCUCCAUGAGGAACUUAAGUACAUUACAGCUAUCAUUGAAGAUCAGCCAAAGAACUACCAAGUCUGGCAUCACAGACGGAUGCUGGUUGAGUGGCUGCAGGAUCCAUCCAGAGAGCUUGAGUUCAUAGCUGACAUUCUUAACCAAGAUGCCAAAAAUUACCAUGCCUGGCAACACAGACAAUGGGUUAUUCAGGAGUUCAAAUUAUGGGACAAUGAACUGGACUACGUGGACCAGCUUUUGAGAGAAGAUGUGAGAAACAACUCUGUUUGGAACCAACGGCACUUCGUCAUUUUCAACACCACUGGCUAUGAUGACCCAGCAGUCCUAGACAGAGAAGUCCGGUACACUCUUGAGAUGAUCACAGCAGUGCCACAUAAUGAGAGUGCUUGGAACUACUUAAAAGGGAUUCUACAGGAUCGUGGUCUUUCUAAAUAUCCAAAUCUGCUGGAGGAACUGUUGAAUUUACAGCCCAGUCACAGUUCACCCUAUCUGAUUGCCUUUCUUGUGGACAUAUAUGAAGAUAUGCUAGAAAACCAGUGCUCUAACAAGGAAGAAACACUGAACAAGGCAUUGGAGUUGUGUGAAAUUCUGGCUAAAGAAAAAGACACCAUCCGAAAAGAGUACUGGAGAUACAUUGGAAGGUCCCUUAAGAGCAAGCACAGUUCAGGCACUGAACAGAGCAGCACAGUGACAGAUAAAGAGCAGUAACUGGAGACGGAAGAAAACAGUGUUAAACUCUCAAGCUGUUCUAAAGCUGUACUGAGUAGGGUCAUCAACAAGUUCGAAGUCAUUUGUAAGUAUUGCAAUGGAAGAGGAAUGCAGACUGCUGUAUCGUCCUGAGUUGCUGCUGCUACUGUUGAUGGCUCUAGCUGCAGUCAAAAAAUGUAUUAAAGCUUAAUUAUUAAAAUGUACCAGGUAAAGGUUUUAGUUCCUAACUAAAAAUACAUAAAUGUAUACCUAUUACAUUGACAGUGCUCAGUUAAUGGUAUAUUUCAGAAAAUAUCAUGUCACCUUGAUAUUUUCUGAAAAAUCCUCUUUGCCCAGGAUUCUUCUCCUGGGAAGCUGAGAAGCCUCAGAGAGAAAUGUAAACAAUAAUUAUCUGAUUGCUUUGGAAAGGGGUCUGGACAUUGUUUACCAACAGGUGCAUCUUUGAUUGGUUCCAUGUGAAUUGUGUUGAUUUAAUGACCAAUCACUGUCCAGCUGUGUUGAGGCUCUGAUGGGUUUUUUUAAUCAUUCUUGUUAAGCCUUCUGAUGUAUCCUUUUCUCUGUUUCUUUAGUAUAGUUUAGUAUAGCAUUCUUUUAAUAUAAUAUAACAUCAUAAAAUAAUAAAUCAGCCUUCUGAGAAUAUGGAGUCAGAUUCUCAUCUCUUCCCUCAUCCUGGGGACCUCACAAACACCACAAUGGUAGGCCUUGAUCUUAGAGGCUUUUCCCAACAUAAGUUACUCUACAACUCUGUGAAGCACUAAAACAAUGUCUCACGUCGUAGCUUACCCACUUGUGGUUCCUAACACUGUCUUAUGAGUUUGCUGCAGUAGUGACUGCAGGUAACUUAACUAUAGGGGAUAUAGAGUAACCUGAUUAGUGCAAGUAGGCACUGCAGUUGUAACCUUAGGUGGGAGCAGCUGUGUAACACUGUCAGCCUAUGCUGUUGUAUGCAACCAAGCGUAAUUUUGUAAUAAAAAUAGAUAACUUAGAGCAUUUGUCUGAUUUUUUAAUGUGUUCCUUUUGGUCCUUGUAAGCACAUAGUUUGAUUUUUUCAGAUACUAAUAGAAGUAAAAUAUUCCUGUAUAUAAGUAUUGGAUUCUAUUGCUUUGAGAUGUCUUUUGCACUGGGAUAUUCUUAUCCCAAAAACUUUCAGUGCACCUGAUAUAUUCAGUGGAGCCCUGAAUUCUUCCCUGCACAGACAGGAAAAAUGCUUUGAGGAUCCUGGGGAAGGUCUAUACCUGUACCAGAAAAAUGCAUCUACCCUGUUUUCAGCAAAUAGUUACUGUAAACUGUGUUCUUCUGGAAUGUUUGUCUGAUACGAAAUAUUUUAUUGGAAACUAUCAUAGAGGGAACAAACAAAUGCUGGUGUUUAUUCCAUAAUAUGCAGUCUUUCUGACACUAAACAUUAAAAGGUGUUAACUGUGAUUAAACAAUAGUGGAGAUUAUUUUUUAACGCUCAAAAUUCUUUAAUUCAAUGCACUCUUGAAAUUCAAAACAACUCACAGGGAAUGGAAUUGAUAUACAAAAGCUAUGUAAUUUUGUAGUGGUUUUGCUGCUUUCUCAGCAGUAGAGAAAACAUUUUGGUGUUUUUUCAAAUGAACAUUCAAAACAGACAAGGACUUCAAAUUUUGGGAGAUUGGUUAACCUGGGGGAUUCUUUUUUUUUAUUCUUUUUUUUUCACAUGUUUGGGGGUUUUUUAUUAUAUUUGAAACCCCAGUACAAAGCAAAAAGUGUGUUUCUACCCCUAUGAGUUGUUCCUAAUUGAACUGUACUAAAUAUGGAGUACGGAACAGCCAGCCAGGGUGUUCAAGGUCUUCAGGACAAAGUAAUGUAUUUGCCUCUGUGAGUCAAGAUAGCUCAGAAAGAUGAAACAGUCAAAUACAAUCCUUUAAAUAGACAUCAUCAAUGAAGAGGGAACAGGAUUUUUCCUCUGCAUAUGGUAUUAAUACUUUCCUGUGUCUUUCAUAAAAUUCAGAGGACACUUGGAAAAAAGCAGAGUAUUCUUUAUAGACAGACAUUAGCAUAAAUUUCAGCAAUAAGUCAUUACAAGGUAAGAUUGAUGAAGAGUGUCCACAGGGAGAGUGUAUUUUGGGAUGUUAUCUCAGUCACUUGUGGGUUGAGGCAAGAGCUUAGAUUUAGCUAUAUAGACUUCUUAGUGGCAAGAGUAGGUAGGAUUCCUCUGACAAAACCUUUUUGGGGAUAUGGUCAACCUAUGGUCUUCUCAUUCUUGAAAAUGAUGUCUGUAAGUAAUGAUGUUGAUUCUAACAGAGUUGGUAGGGUUUUAUACUGGUGUCCUGGGUCGACUAUAUAAUGCUUUUAUCCCCAAUCGUCUGCUCUGUUUAUGCUGAAUACUAAGUUUGGCACCUUUAAGACUUGUUCCAGAGAGUGAAGGAGGGAGAGAAGAAGCACGCAGCUUGUUUUCAGACCCUGCACUCACUCCUCCACAUGCCUGCUCCUGGACUGUGUUGUCUGCAGAUGAACAGACAGCGGGACAGAGCUCUCCUUUGUUAUAGUUAGUUUCAGCUAGCUGAGGCAAAGAAGUUCUUUGGACUGUGGGUUUUUUUUUUCCCCUUUUCUUUGGACCUGUUUAAACCUGCUCUGGACUGAACACCCAGCAGAGCACUGGCAGCUCGCACCUGUGGCCCACCAGGCCAGGCUUGAGCUGCAGCAUUUCCAGCACCAGAGGGACUGAUGAGAGACUGAGUGAGCUGAACUGCAGCCCAGGGAGGGGACUUUUCUGAGUUUGCCAUCUCUUUUGGAGCAGCAAGAGGUUUUAUUGUUUAAUAUUGUUUAGGUUUUAUUGUUUAAUAAACAAUUUUUUCCACUUUUCUCCAAGGAAGUAUUUUCUCCUGAACCAGUUGGGGGAGGGGCCAAUUGAAUUUGCUUUUCUAGAGGAACUGCUUUGGGGGUUCUCUCCCAAAUUUGCCCUGAACCAGGACAACUGGUUGUGCAAGCAUAGUGGUACACAGAAAGAUAAUACUGCUUCUGAGCUCCAUUUACCAAUAAAUAAUCAAAUGCAUAUUUUUAAUGGAAAAAAUACCUUGUCUUAUGUAGAACAAACAUGAAACUGAACAAAUCAUGUAAAUCCUAGAGAAAAAAAAUCCGCUGGAUCCUGGAGUUCUGCUUAAACGAGAAUCAAAAAAAUCACUGUUGAAACAGAAGUGUUCCUUCUUUCAAAUGUUUAUAUUUACUGUCACCUGAAUCGCAAGGAAGCUUUCAAAUUCUCUUGCAAAGGCACCUCAAUUUUCUGCUGAUCAACCAACCAUACACAAAAAUACUGAGCCGUCAGAGCUGGCAAAAUGAUGGCUGCCCAGCCAGGUUGCAAGUGAAGCCACCAAACCUUGAAUUUUAAUGCAUCCAAGACAAAAUGUUUCUGGUGGAAGAAGGAGCUUGACAAAAUGGAUGACCUGUAGAGAGAAGGAUCUUAGAGUAGGAAGUUAGAGAUGACUUUAACCUGUAGGCAUUGGUACUGACUACAUUUGAUCAGAGCAAACAUCACAGUUAGUUGUCCCAAUAGGUUCAUUUGUACAAGAAAAUUUACUGUUACUGUGUGUAAUGAUGUGACUCUUGUGUACAAUUUUAUUAUUGAAGACUUGUGUCUAAAGGGAAAACUACUGAUACAACUCUCCCUUGUAAAUCAGUGUAACUGGAACACUCAGUGGAGUAUGGAGCAUUAAUAAAGUGUGAAAUCAUGUCCUA